AAUGGGGGAUGUGCCUGAAUGAUAAAGGUGGGUGCAGCACCCAAAGACAGACAACCAUUUCGCGAGAUAAUUGCACACUCUUGAUGAGCCUUGUCCACUCGUUCAAAGCCUGAUCGUCCCAUUGCCUUCCCCGAAAAUGCUCCCACUCAGCCUUGGUCAGGUCUCUGGUAUCAUCCAGGCCUUGAUCACCGCCCUUCAGCUCUUCUUUCCCACGGCCCUGGCUCUAUUACUUGUUGGAGUCCUCAAGGAUGACAUGUCAGCGGUGUCAUGGUCGUCUGUCGGCGCGACCUUGCACAGCUCAUACUGGGCCCCGAUACUCAGGGCUGACACCUCAGUCUCUACCAAUGUGCAUCUGCCAGUCAGAUGGUUGCUUCGACUUGCAUCAAUUACCAUGCUUUUGACCUCUUUAGCUUCCAUCAUCACUCCUUUGGGCUUGUUUGACGCCAUCGAGCCAAAUGAAACUCUUCAGGACGUCUCAUUUCCCUACCUUGCCGACAGCGGCCCUUUGGGCUACGGUACCCCUCCCCGAGACAAAUUGGGCUUCAAUCGCCAAUGUGGUAUUCCAAGCUUCGCGGCCUGUCCUGGCUCCAACACUGUCGAAGUAAAACCAGAAGGCGAUUACAUGUCAUCGGACUUUCCAUUUGGCUAUGACAGCAGGAUCCCACAAGAGAAGAUCGACUUAUUUCAAAGUGGUCUGGAGGAGCAAAUGCAGACGGUGUCGAGUUUCUUCGACAUCCAAUAUCGGGUAGUCAACAAACAGCAAGAUCCCGAUGUCAACAACGGAACCUUGUACAACGUCGGAAGUUUCCGCCAGGUGGACACCCUAGUCCUGAAUGAUGCAGUGGAAGCUGUUGAGGGCCUUAUCGUCAACACAGCGGACAAGGGUAUCGCUUUCAGGAAUCACACCCUGCCUUCCGGCAUCCCACUCGGAGCGACAUGGGAAGAGGAUCUACUCGUGAUGGAACCGGUGUCUCAGUGCGUCGACACAAACCUGACCAUUGACUUCACCAUGUCUGGCUUGAAUGGGACUUUCGUUGGUGGCGCAAAGUCACCUGUCCUGACCGAUCGAGGAGGAUUCGUGAAUAUUGCGCAGGAAUUCCCAGCAUUCGACACAUCAGCCCCUCAGGUCGACCCUGACCUCUACGGUCGAGCCUACCUAGGUGCAUGGGCUUUCAACGUCUACACUGCGAUCUAUCUCAACGUCACCCGUCCGAAGCCUGAUCGCUUCGGCUAUCUAAAGUCUGAAAUCGGCAAGACCUUUUUCAUGCCUGAAUCUUCCCUGCUACACAUCGACGAGCUGAGCAUCGGCCCCUAUGCCGACCUGUUCUCACUCAUCCAGUACACCAACGACACCUUCCUCGAAGACAACUCCACAGCACCGGUACCAUAUCCCAAUCCCUUCGAUAUCUCCAACAGCAAUUUCAGCGACGUAGCGGACGCGUGCGUCGGCUCGAACUUGGCAAACUCCAACAUGAGCAGCGUAGCAGUCGGCUGCGGCCUUGUCUAUGGCGCGCCACGGACCGAGAACGGUAAGACAGCACUGUUUUACGAUCCCGGCACAAAGCUCUCUAUGGCAAUCUAUUCCUGCGCCAGCGCCGUCAAAGUCAGCAUCAAGACUUUCUCUCUGCGUUACAACGGCACAGAAGGCCUGAAAUCAUUGCACGUCGACUCUAUCGAAGAUUACUCAGGCAGUUCAUUACAUUGGGGAAUCGAAAACAACAACGCUCGCAAAGACCUCGACAUCGACUCUGCUCCACCGAUCUGGGGACUCGUAUCAUCUGACGUGCAACCCUCAAAGGAGCUGGAUGUUAUUACUUCGCCUCACCUCUACCUUCCCGGCGUCACAGGUGCUUUCUCCGGUCUCUCAAGCAUAGGGACCGAUAACAUGCCAGGCCUUGACUUCCCCACUGACGCUUUGUCGACGAUCUACCGCGGCGACCUCGGCGACUCUACCGUCGGCACAGGCGAUUACUCUGGCAAGACGUCAUUCGCUAUGUUCACGAAGUGGCAACAGCUCAUGUCGUCUGCGAAUGGGGUUGCGAAGAUUAUCGAUUUAAUUUAUACUGAUCUGAGCGCGAAUGGAUUGGUGGGAACAAAGAGCUGGCUUAAGGAAUCGAAUGAUAUCCCAGGAGGCGAGGAUAGCACUACCGCUAACGGAAACAAUAAGAUCAAACGUCAAUCCACCACAACCAGCGCAGGAGCGGCACAAGCAACAGCACGAGUCCCCGUGCGCAUCUAUAACCACCGCAUCAAGUACAACUAUCUCUUCGGAAUCCCCGCGUACUUUUCCCUGCUCGUCUCAGUGUUGGUCGGCACCCUCACCCUGCUCUACCUCCUCUCUGGGCGAACGUCCCUGUCCAAAACAAGAAAAUACUUGAACGUCACGAGUCCAGGGCGGAUAAUCACUUCGUUUGUGUAUGCUGGGGAGAGCGAGCCGCAGGUGAGUACGAGCAGGUGGAAGGCGGGAACAGGGGCGAGGAAGGUGCGGAUGGGGGAGAGAACGGGGUGGAGGCCUGUCGCUGUUGAGAGAGUGCAGUUUCCUGAAAAAUUGAACGGGCAUGGCCCGGUGAUGUACACGGGUGCGGGAGCGGAACCUAUGCAUGGAAGCACGAGCUGCUCGCCGGGAUAUGCGAAUGAUACGGUUCCGUUGAUUGCGGGUGAAGGCAAGCCGGUGAUUGGAGCGAGUAUACAGAUGACACCGUUGCAGAGUUAUGCGAGUCCUGUGCCGACGCAGGGCGGGCUUCAGCAACAGCAAUAUAUGCCUCAGCAGGGAUAUCAGUACGGGCAGCAGAGUGGAGCGUAUCCGCCGGGAGGGUUCGCCAGAUGAGGCUCGAAGAUGAUUCAAACCUGAAAAGAGGCUGCGAUUACUAUGCUCGCACCAUGAAUUCGAGGAAUCAUCUUUGCAACAGUAAUUGACCUACGAUUUAUUUCAGCCUCCAUCCCCAAGUAGGAGGCAGCGACCGCUGGGCUUCUAGUCCAGCAAGAUGGUACGGACAGGAGGGGAUAGACUGGGCUUGCCGAAGGACGCUUCGAAUUUCAGCUUUUGCAGGUCCAUAAUCACCGUUGCCAGGGUCUCCAUUCUUUCCAUGCCCUUGGCAAGAGGUGGUGUUGACCGACAGAUUGAGACAGGCGUGCCCUGUUCGUCUGCGAGCCACGCUCGGAUCUUGGCCAUAUCGGCUUCCUGACCAUUGCUUAGCUCUCUGAUCCUUUCCAACCUGGAGAAAGAGUUCUUGGAAGGAUGAUCGCGUAUACCAUCAGGCACAUUUGGGGACCACAAGUGAUUUGUAUGGAAAGUUGUGCUGCUUCCAGGUUGCGGGCGGAUUGGUGCCAGGCCUUUCGGGGUACAUUCAAUUGUUGCAAAAUUCCCAUCCCGAUCUGCGAUCAUGAAAUUGCAACACGAAGCCAC